AAAUGAGGGCAGUGGUCGUUGAAUUAGGACCCAAAUUCUUGAUGUCCAGUCGCGCAUCAUACUAAAAUCGUCGUAUGUGAUGUAUUUGAAAGGACAAGGCUUCACUUUUAGGGUGCUUUUCUUUGGUUUUGCGUCUGUUCUUUUCUUCACAUGGUUUCAUUGCCGGGCUGUUGCAGACGAAGAAACAAAAGUCGUCGAUAUGCGAGGUAAACCUCUAAGCCGAGGCACAGGUGAAGGAAUACCUUAUGCCAACUUUAAGACACACAAGUUUUCCUACCUCAACAUCACUACCAUUGGCACGGAUUAUGUUGGAAAGGGCAGCGAGUGUGGAUUUGCUUGUGUCAACAUUCCGUCGUGUUUUUCGUUUAACCUGGCUGCAUUUCAUGAUAUGAAUGGCAAAGUUCUGUGUGAAUUACUUCCAUCGGAUUUGUACAACAACUCAGACAAGCUUGUCCCUAGUCAGAGUCACCAUCACUAUAGUAUCGCAUCUCCAUGUUUUAAAUGGCCUUGUCAGAACAAUGGGAAAUGUGCGGCACAGUACGAGAAGAACAGUUACGUGUGCGUUUGCGCGAAAGGAUACACAGGGGAACAUUGUGAAACGGAUAUGGACGAGUGCAGUGCUUCCAUCUGGCCUUGUGACGUUAAUGCAAACUGCCAGAACACCUAUGGCUCCCACAAGUGUUCCUGUAAAAGUGGAUUUUAUGGAAAUGGAAAAACAUGUAUACAUAGCGGCUGGACUCUUAUCGCUCGAUUCUCAAACAGCGAUGGCAAAAAUUGGAUGCGUGACGAUGGUAGAUGGUGGUAUGACCAACAAAUUGCCCUUGGAGCGACAAACAACUCUUCAAAGAACGACGAUAUGAUUUCAACAGCCUUUUGGUCGGUCGGCGGCAGAGAAUUAAAAAUCACGCGCAGUGACGACCCCAGCCACAUCCCUCUGUUACAGACCACAGGUAACUGUUUGGGUGGAUAUACAUUUCGAUCUAAAAUCACAAGUUAUGGCGACUUUAGAAAUGGCACGGUCUGGGCCAGUGAUCAGUGUCUGGGAAGUUGUCCAGUUCAAUAUGGCGGACAGUACAAGUCAACAGACGGGUUUCAACAAGCUAACUGCAGUGGAGACAUCCAAAGCGCUAACAAGAUCGGCUUUUGGUGUGACUGGAGUACUGGGGAUGGAGCAGUGAUGAUGAUUGGUGGGGGAGGGAGUGGCUGUGCACGUGCUGAUCAUGGGAUUGGGAUCACAGAAGCUAAUGCUGCUUCUUUCGUUGAAGAAGGAGGUAGUGAAAUUGAAUAUGACUUUGGUUACAAUGCCUUGUCAAACACCCCUCCAAACCAGUCGUACUCGUUGAACUUAUGGAUUCGUUGAAAAUUAUACGAUCUUUCUUUUUCAAACUAAGGUUAGAACUGAAGAACGUUGAAAAGGAUAAUGCUCAUUUCUUGUCAGUUUAUUAUCCUAGUUUCAUUGUCAAACGUAUAUGAAAGCUUAAACCUCCACCGUUGUACAAGGGGGGAAAGAGGGAUUGGUUGGAAGUCUCCCUUGCGUUUUAUUUACCUUGCAAUAUUUUUCAAGGUUUUUACAUUUAAUAGAUAGCCUUUGUCUACGAGAUGCUGUUGAUAUCAUGGGAUACAUAUGCAAAUCGCGCUGUUGUGAUUCGGUGACGUCAACCAACAUGGCAGACUUGUUUUAGAUUUUUCGUUUUUUAUACUAUAAAUUUUGGCUUUUUUAAAACAGCAGUAGCUUUCGAACUUGACAAAAAAUAGAAGAUAAGACUCAGAAAAUAGUUUAUAGGUUUACUGUAUUUCGCUUUAAAAAUUAAAACCGUUAAUUCUCUGGUUGUUUACAUCAACCCUUAAACCACGCUUCACUUGUUCUGAUAUAAUAUCUCUUCACCUUUUAAAUAUGACUUUGGUUAUGAUGCUCAAAUACAUGACAACCAAUCCCAGUCCUAGUCGUUGAACUUGUGGAUCUGUUAAAAAUUAUCUGCUAAAAGGAACCGUGGAGAGGACGGUAUUAAUUAUUUAUUUUCACCCUGUGAUCCAAGUUAUUUGAGCAUUUAAAAACGGUCACUAACAUCGCAUCUUUUCCCUCUCAAAGCAAAGCUACGAAAGGGAAAAGAUCUUAAGAUUUUCACAUCUUUAGAUCUUCAUUGUCAACGAAUUGCAGUUAAGUUCUUUUUCCUAGAAAGUCAUUUUCAUUAGAAUUGUUUUAACAGACUCAUUACUAAACUUGUU